UCCGCACUUACCUUCUCUAUGAAUCUGAAGCCCGCCCUAUACGAAUAUAUUUCAAGUGGCAGAGUGAUAUUUGACGAGAUGACGGUCGCACUGGCAUUGCCGGAAACAUCAUAGCACACGACGGGCGCUGGACAGAAGCUCUCCAAUGGGCGCUUGAAGGUAACGCGAUCGUAACGCGUCCUAUGAGCGCCUACACGACCUCAAUCAUAACCUCCAUGCCGAAGCCAUCCAAUGGAUCCAAAAAGCAGAAACAGCAAUCACUGCUUGGUUUCUUCCAAUCUUCUUCGCCAGCCCGUCCAAGUUCCCCUGAAAUGAAACAUAAGUUGCACGCAGAGCCUUCGAAAUCCUCCAGGCGAACACCAAAGUCUAGCCCCAGGAAGGGUAAAUCCAAGUCCAAGUACGAAACGAGCAGCAGCGCUGGAGAAAGCAGCGAUGUUGGUGCCAUAUCAUUUGAGCCUGCAGUGUAUAGUCUCAGCGAUUCCGAUGAUGACGUGAAGAAGUCCCCACGACGGCCGAUCGUGAGGAAACGUCGAGUUAAAGCAAGCAGAAGCAAUAGUCCUUCACCCAUCAUCAUAGAAUCUGACAGUGAGGAGGAGAAUGUUGGCGUACCUGUUACGUGGAAGGGGAAAGCGAAGGCUGUACCAAAGCGCAAACUCGCAGUGCUAGACUCAGACGUUGAGGAAGAAGCACCAAAGAGGCGCAAGUUGGUUAGAGGUGUGAGACCUCCCUCACCCGAGGAGUCUGAUGAUCUUAUAGAAGAGCUGGACCAAGAUAAGGUUAUCGAGCCUCGCUUUCGCGCUCGCGGGAAGAAGUCUACCUAUCUCAAGAAUCUGGAGAAGCUUAAACGAAAGAAACGAGGGGAGUCUGUACAAUCCGAUUCAGAGGAGGUAGAAGAGGACGAGGACAAUGCCGCACCUUUCGCCCGUGCACGGCCCAGCAACGGGAACGAUGAUUCAGCAUCAGGUGGUGAGGCCUCUGAAGAGGAAGAAGACACGUUCAUCGUUGAGGACGACAACAAGGUAGAACUGCCACCCGAAUGGAGCAUGUCGACGUACCAAGAUCUCACGCAUCACUUCAAAAUUGUAUGCCAAUUGUUCGUUCAUCUGGCGGUACAACCCCCGAAUGAUCGACGGUCAUUCAUGGAGGAAUCAUUGAAAUCCGAUUAUUUCUCGGUGCCUUUGCAAGUUGCUCGACGGAAGAUCUCUGGAAUGAGGGACUCCCUAGUUGCUUCAUCUGUUUGGCGACCGGAUUUCAAGAAACCACUCGAAACCUAUCCACACUUCGAGAUCGUUCAACUUGACUUUGCUGAACCAGGCUGCGAUGCGUGUCAUCUUGGUGGCCGUUUAUCUACACGCAUUGGCCGACUCAGCGGUGAACCCUACGACAAGCUUUCGUUCCAGCCUCUUUCUGAGAAUAGUGACUCUUCGGACGAGAGUGAUAGCGAGGAGGAAGAUGAAAAACCGUCACUGAAGAAAGAAUUUCACUUAGGCCGAUUCUGUGCUCGGCGAACCCUGGUUUUCCAUCAUUUCACCCACUGGGAGUAUGCCCUAUUCGAAGCUCUCGAUGACGAAGUACAGGGUCUGCGGAACAGACUUGCUGGACGGAAGAAAGGCAAGAACGUCUUCAUCCCUGUCGCCUAUGCGGGUGGUGCACAAGCUCCGGACGAUCCUAACGAUGCAGACAAAAUCAUGUCUUGGCUGGAUGAACGUCACAUCAUUGAGACGCAAUGGGUCGCGGUGAAAAAGAUGAUGGAUGAUGCGCGUAAUCUGGAUGUGGCUGCUAAGAGAGGAGAUGAUAUCGAUGACUGAGACUGCAUGUAGUCAAUUGUAUAAUCGUUCUCUGUUGGUUGCUUUAUUAUACCUGUGCUUUCUGGACUUUCAAAAUUCAAGUUCGACUAAGGUGUAAGUGUGUUUGACCUGC